AUGGGAGUGCAGGGCUUCCAGGACUACAUCGAGAAACACUGCCCGAGUGCCGUUGUGCCCGUCGAAUUGCAGAAGCUGGCCCGGGGCAGCUUGGUAGGUGGUGGUCGCCAAAGGCCGCCUCAGACCCCGCUGCGACUCCUCAUCGACGCCGACAACUGCCUGCACCGACUCUACGGCGGCUUUUACACGGACUGGGUGAGCGGCGGGCAAUGGAACCACAUGCUGGGUUACUUGGCGGCGCUAGCCAAGGCCUGCUUCAACGGCAACAUCGAGCUCUUCGUUUUCUUCAACGGCGCCCUGGAAAAGGCCCGGCUCCACGAGUGGGUGAAGCGGCAAGGCAACGAGCGCCAGACCGCCCAACAGAUUGUCAGCCACGUCCAAAACAAGGGCACCCCGCCGCCCAAGGUCUGGUUUCUCCCGCCUGUCUGCAUGGCGCACUGCAUCCGCUUGGCCCUCAUCCGCUUCCACAUCAAGGUUGCACAAAGUAUCGAAGAUCACCAUCAAGAAGUAAUUGGUUUUUGCCGAGAAAAAGGUUUUCAUGGCUUGGUUGCAUAUGAUUCAGAUUAUGCAUUGUGCAACAUCCCUUACUAUUUCAGUGCCCAUGCCCUAAAACUGAGCCGUAAUGGAAAAAGCCUCACAACAAGCCAAUACCUGAUGCAUGAAGUUGCCAAGCAACUGGACCUGAAUCCAAAUCGGUUUCCUAUUUUUGCUGCUCUUUUAGGUAAUCACAUUCUACCUGAUGAAGAUUUGGCUUCAUUUCAUUGGAGUUUACUUGGUCCAGAACAUCCACUGGCCUCUCUUAAGGUACGAGCACACCAGUUAGUUUUACCACCUUGUGAUGUAGUGAUCAAAGCUGUAGCUGACUAUGUCCGUAAUAUUCAAGACACCUCUGAUUUGGAUGCCAUAGCUAAAGAUGUUUUUCAACAUUCACAGUCUAGAACGGACGACAAAGUUAAACGAUUUAAAAGAGCAGUUGCCUAUUAUUCAGCAACUAAUAAGCCUAUGCCAUUUCAUCCACCACAUUACCUAGGCAGGCCAAAUCAUUUGGGAAUGCCGGGUAUAAUGCCACCAUAUGUGUCUCCUCAGAUGCUUAACAUUCCACAGUCUGCCCUGCAAGCAAAGCACGCGGCCCAGCCUAUCUCUAGUCAUGGUAACGCCCAGGGUCAGGGCCCAUAUCCCUAUAGUCUGUCAGAACCUGCCAUCACGUUGGACACAAGUGGAAAAAAUCUUUCUGAGCAGAAUUACAGCAACAUCCCUCAUGAAGGAAAACAUACUCCAUUAUAUGAACGAUCCUCUCCAAUAAACCCAGCUCAGAGUGGGAGCCCCAAUCAUGUUGAUUCAACAUACUUUCCUGCCUCUUCCACGUCAUCUUCCUCAGAUAAUGAUGAAGGCAGCGGAGGUGCUGUGAAUCAUGUUGGUGGAAACAAAUUGAAUUGGGAAAAAAUAGGAACUCAGUCAGAAAAUCAAGCAUGUGGGGAUCCAGGACACCAAUCAAAGGUGGAAGGUUCCUCUACUGUUUCUUCAGGGAAUCAGGCAGCUGAAGUUAAAGGGAACCAAACCAGUAGCACACAAAUCCCAUGUCUGUUGUCAAUGCCCACCAGGAACCAUAUGGAUAUUACCACUCCUCCAUUACCUCCUGUAGCACCUGAAGUAUUAAGAGUAGCAGAACACAGACACAAAAAAGGAUUAAUGUAUCCCUACAUAUUUCAUAUCCUAACCAAGGGUGAGAUUAAAAUUUCAGUUUCUAUUGAAGAUGAAGCAAACAAAGACCUGCCUCCUGCUGCUCUUCUUUAUAGGCCAGUUCGUCAGUAUGUUUAUGGAGUCCUGUUUAGUUUGGCAGAAAGCAGGAAAAAAACAGAGAGGCUUGCUUUUAGAAAGAACAGACUUCCUCCUGAAUUCUCGCCAGUGAUAAUUAAGGAAUGGGCUGCUUACAAAGGAAAGUCUCCCCAGACUCCUGAGUUAGUAGAAGCUCUUGCAUUUAGGGAAUGGACCUGCCCUAAUUUGAAGAAGCUUUGGUUGGGGAAAGCAGUAGAGGACAAGAACCGACGAAUGAGGGCAUUCUUGGCCUGUAUGAGGUCAGACACACCAGCAAUGCUAAAUCCAGCUAAUGUGCCCACUCACCUAAUGGUGCUCUGUUGUGUAUUAAGAUAUAUGGUGCAGUGGCCUGGAGUUCGGAUACUUCGUCGCCAAGAACUUGAUGCCUUCUUGGCUCAAGCUUUAUCUCCAAAACUCUAUGAACCUGACCAACUGCAGGAACUAAAGAUUGAAAACCUAGAUCCUCGAGGAAUUCAGCUCUCAGCAUUAUUCAUGAGUGGUGUUGACAUGGCAUUGUUUGCCAAUGAUGCUUGUGGGCAGCCAAUUCCAUGGGAGCAUUGUUGUCCAUGGAUGUACUUUGAUGGGAAGUUGUUCCAGACGAAGCUCAUCAAAGCAAGUCGGGAGAAAGCUCCCCUCAUUGACCUCUGUGAUGGUCAGGCUGAACAAGCUGCCAAGGUAGAAAAGAUGCGCCAGAGCAUCCUUGAAGGUUUAAAUUUCUCCAGGCAAAACCAUCCACUCCCUUUCCCACCACCACCUGCCAUGCCUUUCUAUCCAGCUUCUGUUUAUCCUCGGCACUUUGGGCCAGUUCCACCUCAGGGCAGAGGCCGAGGCUUCACUGGAGUCUAUGGCUUUGGGGGCCCAUAUGGGGAAACGGUUGCAGCAGGUGCAUAUCGGACCUUCCGAGUGACUGCCACAGGAGGACACUGUGGACAUUUCUCUGGCAGUGAUGGCAACAGGACUAGCAAGUUUCAGGGCGGUGUCCAACCCAUUCCUUCUCAGGGAGGGAAGCUUGAAAUAGCUGGCACUGUGGUGGGCCACUGGGCUGGAAGCAGGCGUGGUCGAGGAGGAAGCAGGGGGCCAUUUCCUCUGCAGGUGGUUUCCGUUGGAGGGCCAAGAGGACGUCCUAGAGGAGUUAUUUCCACGCCAGUGAUAAGAACAUUUGGCCGAGGAGGAAGAUACUAUGGGAGAGCUUAUAAGAACCAGGGAGUUAUUCAGGGCAAACCUCCUUAUGCUGCUUCAGCAGAGGAAGUGGCCAAAGAACUUAAAUCAAAAUCAGAGGAAGGCAAGUCCUCUAUUGUGUCUUCAGAAGGAUCCCUGGCUGAAAAUGGCAUAAUAAAUGAGGAGAAACCAGCUUCCCAUAUGAAUGGGAGUACAGCAGAUGUCAGGGCUUCCAACCAGUCUGAAAGUGCCUUGAGUAAUGACUCUAAAAUGUGCAAUACAAAUCCUCACUUAAAUGCACUAAAUGCAGACAGUAUUUGCCAUAAAGAUGAUGCUCUUGAGGCUACUGUCUUAAAAAAAGAAGAGUAAACUUAUUUUUUAUAGAGGGUGAAGGAUGUUGGAAGGGUCAGGAUUAGGAAUAUCUGGAAAGAAAGAGAGCCUACAGUUACGUACAUUUUUUCCUUUCCGUAAGAGAAAAAUGAGGACUUGGAAAUUUGGAUCCCUCUUGGAUGUCAGAGAUUUAAAGAACACAUUUUUAGUUUUAACCAGUUGUAGUCAAAAUGCUACAAUACAAUAAAAAUGAAAGAGAAUGAAGAGCAUUUGACUCCCGCACUUAAAAUGAUGUAUACACAAAGUUUAAACUGGUUACAACAAAAGCUUGUAGUUUUUGUUUCUUGAAAUAUAUUAAAAAGGAAAAGAAAAACAAAUUUUGGCAGUCUUUCAGUAUAUAUAGCUUAAAGUAUAAUUUUUAGUACUUGGCACCAUAUGUAUGCCAUUAUAUUUGAUUUUGCAUUACUAUGUCACAAAGCUUUCCUUAAGGCUUUGAUUUCAUGAUUAUGGGGGGGGGAAAGGCACAACCACAGUUCUUUCUUUUCUUAAAUUUCAUCACCGUUGAUGUGGUUUCUUUUUAUGUUUAAAAUGUGCAAACUAUCAAAAAAAAAUUAUAGAGUAAUAUUGGAGUUCUGCUGAUUUUAAAUAUACAUCAUAAUACUUUACAAGCAAGUUAAAAUGGAUUUAACUUGAAAAUCAUAGAAGAUGCAAAUGACCUUUUCAAAAGAAACACAAUGUGUUCUGAUACUUUUUGUGACUAAUACCAUGCAUCCGUGAUCAAUGAACUAUGUGGUUUUUGAAUCAGACGUAGACCAUUAGUACUACUAUUUGAGCUAAACUUCUGCAUGGUUCAUAAUUUUAAAGUGUGUAGUUAAUAUUAUGCAUGUUCUUGUCCUCUUUCUUCCAUUCUUACAAGUACUGUGCCCAUUUGCAAAACAAAAAAAGCUAAUAAUCAGUAAUAGUCCUAUAAAAGAUGUUAACUAUGUUUAGUCAUUGACUGAUCUUGCUCUAACCUUAAAAUUUUGUGAUUAUUGACCUCUGUUGCAUUUAUUCUAAAACAAAAAAAAAUUAUCUAGCCGUUUUGAAUAUCAACGUUACCCUGGUGUACUCAUUGCUGUAUGCAUUAUUGUUCUCUGUUGCUGUUUUAUGCCUUCAUAUUAGCAAAUAUGAAAUUCUGUGGAAAAACACAAAAAAAGCUUUGAUCUUCAAGAAAUACCCCCCUUCUGUAGCAGGAAACAAAUGGCUUGUUCUUGAGAACUUUCCCAUCAAGAAUUUAGUAUAAGCAAAUAUACCUGUAUCAUUUUGAUGUUUUUGUUAGUGUUUCCAAACUUAAUGUACUUCAGAAUCAGAAUCAUUUCUUUAUAUUCGUUUUCAUAUAAUUCUCCUGAUGCUCUUCAUCACACAUUAGUGAUCAGAAAUGAGGUGUAAUUCCCCAUUCCCUGCCCGCAAGAGCUAAGUAGGUAUCUUAAUGUAAGUUGAAGGGAGUUCUGCCCCAACUCAUGGAUUGUGCAAGAAUGAACUACUGUUGGGUUUGAUUGGUUGUAGAUGGAUUGUGGUGUGGUGUAUUUGAAGGCUAUUGAAUGCAACUUACAAUGCUUAAUAAAAAUCUUUAUUCUUUUAGUAUAA